AUGAGCACCCUAUCCCCCGCCUGCAGCCAGCCGAAAAAUAACAGCGACCUGUACUCGGAAACAAACGACAGUGCUCGAGUGGGUCUUCAUCUGCUGGUUCUCGCGCGGGCCCCCGCGUCUGAGGUCUCUGAGGAUCUACCGGAGCCGACGGGCCUACUCCCCGAUGGCUGUCGGAAAUUCAAGUUCGAGUCGAAACAGCACGAGAAGGGCGGACAUUCCGCGGCGUACGACGUUCUGGAGGCGCUGGUCGGGGACAUCCGCAAGUUCUUCGGGAAGAGUGGGGCAGAUUACGGAGUUAUAUAG